AUGGCGGCAUCAUCCCCAGAAUUGCUCAUUGUGAAGCCUUAUGGAACAAGCCUGGGAGCCAUUAACGGGGAAACGGGUACUGAACAAGGGUUUUAUAUUCAGGUGUUGGUCCGGGAGACCUCGAGCAUCGCAGUCUGGCCCAGACAAAGAAAGUUUAAACAGGAGCUGCCUCGGAGUCCCAGCCGGAUCACAGUUGACAGCUCCGAUUUCAAAUAUAUUGCAGAUAGUUGCUUGAUAAUGCUGAGAGUCCCCGAGGGAAGAUGUCGGUGGAAUCUAAGGUGUUGGGUUAGACGUAGAUCUAACAGUGGGUCUUUGAAGACUAUCGGGGACCAGCUCAUUCUUGUCGAUGAAGAUCCGCUUCUCGGGGACUCUUGCCUGGCCACGAUUUCUGGGAAGCUCGAUCUCAGAAUGGAAAAGGAGUGA